AUGUCUGCCUCGGGUGCAGCCACCGAGGUUAUGCUUUUCAUUACCUGCCGGGCUAUCUUGAGCCUUCUUCCAGGCAACAUCGCCGAAGUGGUCGCUCCCGCUGUGGUCUACGGAUGUACAGGAAUUGCGCUUAUCCUGUACAUUUCGCUGCGAACCUUCGGCCGCGUGGAUGUCUUCGUUGGCACAGGCGAAGACUUGAAGCGUGUCUACAGGCAGAUGGCGACGGCCCAGCGGGCUCCCAGCCCGCCAUUGUGGGCCUUCGGUGGAAAUUGGCAGUUUGUGCCGUGGAUUGUCUACAACCUGUUGUCAUCAGCAUUCUUCCCCCUCGUCUACGAGUCUCAGGUCUUGACCGUGACGGGUUUGCAGGACAAGUCCAAGCCAGAGAGUGAGAGCAACCAGCGCUGCAUGGAGGACGAUGUAAUCGUCAACUAUUUUCCUCCGGUGGAGAAGAGCACGAGCAGCUCCGGCUGUUCACUGCCACGCGAUGCUCCGGUUAUCAUCGUUGAGCCCGGUCUGACUUGUACGGCCCAGGACGUUCCUGGGUCUUCAUUUCUCCGCCGAGCGGUCACCCGUGGUUUCCGAAUCGUUGUCGUCGAGCGCCGGGGUCAUGGCCGAAAACUCCGUGGCCCACGAUGGAACCUUUUUGGAGACUCAGAUGAUUCCGAGCAGAUCAUUCGUGCUGUGCAGGAGAGGACGAACAAUGCACCCACGUUUUGGAUCGGCUUCUCCUCUGGCAGUAAGUUGCCAAUCGAGGCGGUCGGCAAGUAUGACGAACGCCGGAAGAAUGGUGAUUUGACUGCACCGAAGUUUGUUGCUACGGCCUGCAUUGCGCCUGGCUACAAUCUGGAAACGUGCUUCAAUGGCUUCAAGUUUCCCUACAGUUGGCUUUGCCUCAGCAGCACGAAAAGCAAGUUCUUGCUCGAGAACGAGCAGGUCCUCCGUGCACACAAUCCGGCUGCCUACGAGGCUGCCGUGAACUCCUCCGACUUGCAGGAGCUUCUGUCGCACGUGGCACCAUUUGCUGGCUAUUCCUCUGACAAAGACUAUUUUGCCCACGAGAACCCCGUGUUGUUUGCACCGCUUGUCCAGACUCCAACGCUCGUCGUCAAUGCAAUGGACGACCCCUUGACCGUGCCCUCGAAUGCCUUUGGCAAGAUGCCAGGACGAGAGGACGGAGCAACGUUCGCUGAUAUGAUUCGCGAAUCGACCUGUGGCCUACUCUUGAUGGCGCCUUCAGGUCCGCUCUGA